AUGUUGAACAAAUUAUCAUCAACAGCAAUACUAAAACAAUUAUCAAUAAGAAGAGCCAUUACUACUCAAUCCUUGUUGAAGCCAAUUGCAACCACUACUUUCACUCGAUCUUUAUUUUACAAUCAAAAAUUCUUUAACAAUAGACGCUAUAAACAAUUAACCAAAUCUAACACGUUACUCACUUCCAAAAUGACAUUAAUCACCAUCUCACAAUCAUUAGAUGAAGCGUUCACCAAGAACAAGAUUGUUCCUGAUGUUGUCGAUGAUUUUGAAACCCAAGGGUUAUUAUCAAUUGAAUAUGGUCCUACUGAAUUGGUGACCUUGGGUAAUACUUUGUCAGUUUCAGGUACUCAACAUAAACCCAAGAUCCAAUUAACUUUAAAUUCACCAACUGAAGAUGGUAAAAUUGAGUCAAUUAACGAAGGUGACAAGUUUAUCUUGGUUUUAACUGACCCUGAUGCACCUUCAAACAGUGAUCACAAAUGGUCAGAAUACUUGCAUUGGUUGGUGACUGAUAUUGAAUUGCCUAAUUUAAAAACUGAAUCUGGUGAACCAGAAAUUAGCCAUUUCAUUGAUGCCACUCAAGGUAAAGAAAUUUUCAAAUAUGUAGGUCCGGGUCCACCACCAAAGACAGGUAAGCAUCGUUAUGUGUUUUUGUUGUUUAAGCAAGAUCCAAAUACAAUUACAAUUGAAGCACCUAAAGAUAGACCUAAUUGGGGAACUGGAACUCCAUCGAGUGGAGUUAGAGAUUGGAUUAAAGCAAACGCACCUGGAUCCAAAUUGUUAGCUGUGAACUUCUUUUACGCUCAAAAUGAAGACAAUUGA